AUGCGAACAGUGUACCUCGUCGCCCUCUUGGCCGCGCAGUGCGGAGGCGUCGGCUUCAACGGACUCACAAAGUGCCCUCCGCAGUAUGCGUGCACGUACGUCAACGCAUCGCUGAGCCAGUGCACACCCGUCGCCCAUCGCUACCUGCGCCGGCGCGAAGCAACCUCCGACCCUCCCACGGACGCAUCCACGGACGAACCGACCGAUGCACCCACGGAAGAGUCCACCGAUGCCCCCACCGACGAACCGACUGAUACUCCCACGGAUGAGCCGACCGAUGCUCUCGACGAGCCGACGGAGGCUGUCACCGAUGAGCGCACCGAUGAGCCGACGGAGGCUUUCGUCGACGAGCCGACCAAGGCUCCGACCGACGAGUCGGGUGAUGUCCUCGUUGACGAGCCGACAGACGCCUCCACGGCUGAGCCCACGAGCGCUGCCACGGCCAAGCCGACAGACGCACCGACGAAGGCUUCCACCGACGCCCCAAAGGGUGCCACGCCCAAAGCAACCGAAGAGACCGCGUCGCUCACGACCAACGUCGGUGGUAUUGUGCCGACGACUGCGCCGUCGCCCAGUGACGUCGCGAUCCGGUAUGGCCAAUGCGGCGGCUUGAGCUUCGACGGCCCCGUGCUCUGCCCCGAUGGCUUUGCGUGUCAGUUUAGUAACGAGUACUACUCACAGUGCGUCCCGAUCCCAGACCUGCCCGGCGUCCGCACGUGGGGCCAAUGCGGCGGUAUCAACUACGACGGGCCCUCCGACUGCGAAGUCGGCAGCUACUGCUUCGAGUGGUCGGACUGGUACUCGCAGUGCCUGCCGAUCUAA